UGUGACCACAAAUAUCGUUUCGUUACUUGAAGACGUCAAAGCUAAAUUUGUCGAUUCUUAUUUAUUGGAUAUAACUCAAUAACCUUUCUAUUAUUUAAUAAUAUUAAUAACUAUAAUUAGAUAACCGUCCUUAUAUAUUUAAUCAUGCCACGUGGUAAAUAUACCAAUCACAAGGGUCGCAAUCGUAAGUUUACCAGUCCAGAGGAGUUGGAAGAACAAAGAAAGCAGGAAGAACAGAAACAAAAAUGGAGGAAGGAGCAUGGUGAUGAAAGCUCUAGUGAAGAAGAGUCUGAAGGGAACAAAUCUGGAUCUGAUGACAGUGACGAUAGUGAUUCAGAUGAAGACCACCCCACCAAAGCAAAGGGAGUUUCAGGCCUCAUUGAAGUAGAAAAUCCCAAUCGAGUAGUAAAGAAAAACAAAAAGCUGUCUAAUUUAAAUAGUCUUCCUGAGGGCGAGAAGCCCCAACUUUCAAGGCGUGAACGAGAAGAAAUUGAGCGUCAACGAGCAGCGGCCGCUUACCAAAAGGCGCACGCUGAAGGCAAGACUGACCAGGCUCGAGCAGAUCUCGCCAGGCUCGCAAUCAUUCGACAGCAGCGGGAAGAGGCGGCCAAGAGACGUGAAGCUGAAAAGAAAGCUAAAGAAGAGACGACGACUAAGAAAAAGUAGAUAAAUACUCAACAUUAGUCUAUAACAGGAAUGCCAUUUUUUGUUACAUUUGGCGACUUUCGAAUUCAUUAUAAUCGUCUCAGAUCCAUUGUCUAUGUGAUAUUUGUUUCAAAUGAUAAAAUUGAUUAAAGCAAUAAUUUAGGCGAAAUAAAUUAUAUCUUCAAUUAUUUGAAAAAAG